AGCCGAGCGACAGGUAAACACGGAAGUAACGCAACUGGCUGCGAACAAACGAAAACAUUUUUUGAUCAUUUGACCGUUAAAACAUAUAUUCAAUGCCAUGAUUUUGUCCAGAAAUACACAAAUAUUUAACUUAUUUAGUGAGGUCGUUAUUGAGCGUUGAAGUUUACAUGACAAUGUGUAGUAAAACGUCUGGAUAUGGAUAUCGGUCUCUUCCGCAACGAGAUUCGAUCAAUGCCAAACCUGGGUUGUUCGUGGCGACAGAAAGCUUUGUCCAAUCUCCAUUCUACCACCAUAAAGGACAAGGACAUUCGUUUGACUACAUCCCCAACGUUGGAGACAACGACUACAGUGGUAAGUAUUGGCUAAAUUAGAUAGCUACUAGCUAGUAGUCUGAACACAUCGGCGCAUACGCAACUCACUAGCUCCAUACAUACAACGUAGCUACGUAACAGACUGUUGCUCAGUUUUUCAGCCAUUUCUUCUUGCAACAACAGCUGUCAUAUACUAGCUAGGUAUGCAAGGACAUCAUUGUAGUGAUCCUCGCUAUAUGAGCCGCGUUACAAUUCCCACGUGAUGCAUGGGGCGUUUGCCUUUCACACCCGAGACCAAGGUUCGCUUCCAGCUCCCUCCGUUUGCUACAUUGGUGUCGGAAGUGGGAUGGCUGGAGGCCAUCGGAACGCAUGGGCGGGACAUGUGAAAGGGCUUGAAAGAAAGUUGAAGCACGGCAGUGUAGCGAUAUUGGUGCAAUGCGUUCACGCCGAAGACCCGGGUUCGCUUCCCGCUCCAUCUGUUCGCAACAGUAUCUAUAAGUAUCAUUAGGUAGACUGAUGGACUGUAAUCAAAUCAAUCGGAGUAAUAGCUCCAUAUUCACGUCUCUUCUCUAUUCUCCAGACUCCACUCAGGGAUGGCUGUCCUGGAUCUGCAAUGUGAUAGUCUGCUUCAUGGUGUAUAUCUGCACCUUCCUAACCUUCCCCAUAUCAGGCUGGUUCGUACUGAAGGUAACACACACACCUUCAUGACCUUCCCCAUAUCAGGCUGGUUCGUACUGAAGGUAACACACACACUUUCAUUACCUUCCCCAUAUCAGGCUGGUUCGUACUGAAGGUAACACACACACUUUCAUUACCUUCCCCAUAUCAGGCUGGUUCGUACUGAAGGUAACACACACACUUUCAUUACCUUCCCCAUAUCAGGCUGGUUCGUACUGAAGGUAUCACACACACUUUCAUUACCUUCCCCAUAUCAGGCUGGUUCGUACUGAAGGUAACACACACACUUUCAUUACCUUCCCCAUAUCAGGCUGGUUCGUACUGAAGGUAACACACACCUUCAUGACCUUCCCCAUAUCAGGCUGGUUCGUACUGAAGGUAUCACACACACUUUCAUUACCUUCCCCAUAUCAGGCUGGUUCGUACUGAAGGUAACACACACACCUUCAUGACCUUCCCCAUAUCAGGCUGGUUCGUACUGAAGGUAACACACACACACCUUCAUGACCUUCCCCAUAUCAGGCUGGUUCGUACUGAAGGUAACACACACACUUUCAUGACCUUCCCCAUAUCAGGCUGGUUCGUACUGAAGGUAUCACACACACUUUCAUUACCUUCCCCAUAUCAGGCUGGUUCGUACUGAAGGUAACACACACACCUUCAUGACCUUCCCCAUAUCAGGCUGGUUCGUACUGAAGGUAACACACACACCUUCAUGACCUUCCCCAUAUCAGGCUGGUUCGUACUGAAGGUAUCACACACACUUUCAUUACCUUCCCCAUAUCAGGCUGGUUCGUACUGAAGGUAUCACACACACUUUCAUUACCUUCCCCAUAUCAGGCUGGUUCGUACUGAAGGUAACACACACACUUUCAUUACCUUCCCCAUAUCAGGCUGGUUCGUACUGAAGGUAACACACACACUUUCAUUACCUUCCCCAUAUCAGGCUGGUUCUACUGAAGGUAUCACACACACUUUCAUUACCUUCCCAUAUCAGGCUGGUUCGUACUAAAGGUAACACACACACUUUCAUUACCUUCCCCAUAUCAGGCUGGUUCGUACUGAAGGUAUCACACACACCUCCAUUACCUUCCCCAUAUCAGGCUGGUUCGUACUGAAGGUAUCACACACACCUCCAUUACCUUCCCCAUAUCAGGCUGGUUCGUACUGAAGGUAUCACACACCUUCCUAACCUUCCCCAUAUCAGGCUGGUUCGUACUGAAGGUAUCACACACCUUCCUAACCUUCCCCAUAUCAGGCUGGUUCGUACUGAAGGUAACACACACACUAUCUCUCUCUCUCUGUUGCGUUAUUAACAGUAAUAUCUGCCCUACAGGUUGUCCCUAACUACCAGCGUAUCGUAGUGUUUCGUCUGGGCAGAGUGCGUCCUCCUAAAGGUCCAGGAGUGGUGUUGGUUCUGCCUCUUAUUGACCAGUGGCAGAGAGUUGACCUACGUACCCGGGCCUUCAACAUCCCACCAUGCCAGGUACACACACACUUGAAUAACUUAGCUCAAAGAUUAAUGAUGUGCUGUGCAGGGUACAAAUCAAACUGCUGUUUGCAAUUCUGACUGUAAGUCGCUCUGGAUAAGAGCGUCUGCUAAACGACUAAAGUGUAAAUUCUAGUGCCCUAAGUAACCACUACUAAUACUGCCACAGAUCACUGCCAGGGACGGCGGUGUGGGGUCUGUAGUGUCAGCCCUCUCUAUAACCCUCUCUAACAGUUAUAACCCUCUCUAUAACCCUCUCUAUAACCCUCUCUAUAACCCUCUCUAUAACCCUCUCUAACAGUUAUAACCCUCUCUAUAACCCUCUCUAUAACCUCUCUAUAACAGCUAUAACCCUCUCUAUAACCCUCUCUAUAACCCUCUCUAUAACCCUCUCUAUAACCCUCUCUAACAGUUAUAACCCUCUCUAUAACCCUCUCUAUAACCCUCUCUAUAAGCCUCUCUAACAGUUAUAACCCUCUCUAUAACCCUCUCUAUAACAGCUAUAACCCUCUCUAUAACCCUCUCUAUAACCCUCUCUAUAACCCUUUCUAUAACCCUCUCUAUAACCCUCUCUAACAGUUAUAACCCUCUCUAUAACCCCUCUCUAUAACCCUCUCUAUAACAGCUAUAACCCUCUCUAUAACAGUUAUAACCCUCUCUAUAACCCUCUCUAUAACCCUCUCUAUAACACAGCUAUAACCCUCUCUAUAACCCUCUCUAUAACCCUCUCUAUAACACAGCUAUAACCCUCUCUAUAACCCUCUCUAUAACCCUCUCUAACAGUUAUAACCCUCUCUAUAACCCUCUCUAUAACCCUCUCUAUAACAGCUAUAACCCUCUCUAUAACCAUAACCCUCUACUAUAAACCCUCUCUAUAACAGCUAUAACCCUCUCUGUUGUGGUAUAACAGGUUACUACCAAGGAUGGAGGUAUGGUGUCUGUAGGAGCAGAUAUCCAGUUCCGUAUCUGGAGCCCGGUGAUGUCAGUGGUGUCGGUUCAGGAUCUUAAUGCCUCCACGCGCCUCACUGCCCACAACGCCAUGACAACCAGCCUGGGCAGGAAGAGCGUCAGGGAGAUUCAGACUGAGAGAAUCAAACUGGGAGAACACCUUGGGGUGAGGCAGCAGUACACAAAUAUACUGAACAAAAACAAACGCAACGUGCAACAAUUUCAAAGACUCUACUGAGCUACAGUUCAAAUAUAUUAAUUAAUUAAUUAAUUAGGCCCUAAUCUAUGGAUUCCACAUGACUGGGAAUACAGAUAUGCAUCUGUUGGUCACAGAUACCUUAAAAAAGGUAGGGGGAUGGAUAAGAAAACCAGUCAGUAUCUGGUGUCACCACCAUUUGCCUCAUGCAGCACGACACAUCCCCUUCGCAUAGAGUUGCUCAGGCUGUUGAUUGUGGCUUGUGGAAUGUUAUCCCACUCCUCUUCAAUGACUGUGCGAAGUUGCUGGAUAUUGGUGGGAACUGGAACACGCUGUUGUACACGUCGAUCCAGAGCAUCCUAAACAUGCUCAAUGGGUGACAUGUCUGGUGAGUAUGCAGGCCAUGGAAGAACUGGGACAUUUUCAGCUUCCAGGAAUUGUGUACAGAUCCUUGUGACAUUGGCAAUGCAUUAUCAUGUUGAAACAUGAAGUGAUGGCUGCGGAGGAAUGGCACGACAAUGGGCCUCAGGAUCUCAUCAUGGUGUCUCUAUGCAUUCAAAUUGCCAUCGAUAAAAUGCAAUUGUGUUCGUUUUCCGUAGCUUAUAGCCUGCCCAUACCAUAACCCCACCGCCACCAUGGUGCACUCUGUUCACAACGUUGACAUCAGCAAACCGCUCGCCCACACGACGCCAUACACGUGGCCUGCGGUUUUGAGGCCAGUUGGACAUACUGCAAAAUUAUCUAAAACAACGUUGGAGGCGGCUUAUGGUAUAGAAAUGAACAUUACAUUCUCUGGCAACAGCUCUGGUGAACAUUCCUGCAGUCAGCAUGCCAAUUGUACGCUCCCUCAAAACUUGAGACAUCUGUGGCAUUGUGUUGUGUGACAAAACUGCACAUUUUAGAGUGGCCUUUUAUUGUCCCCAGCACAAGGUGCACCUGUGUAAUGAUCAUGCUGUUUAAUCAGCUUCUUGAUAUGCCACACCUGUCAGGUGGAUGGAUUAUCUUGGCAAAGGACAAAUGCUCACUAACAGGGAUGUAAACACAUUUGGCGCCAACAGUUUAGAGAAAUACGCUUUUUGGUGCGUAUAGAACGUUUCGGGGAUCUUUUAUUUCAGCUCAUGAAACACGGGACCAACACUUUACACGUUGCGUUAAAUAGAUCACUUAAUAUGUAUUAGGGCUGAGCGACAUUGUGAAAAUAUAAUUUCACAAUAUUUUUCAAAUAUGACAGUAUUUUAUGUUUUUGGAAUAUUACACAUUUUUAAUUUUGCUUUACGAGUAGUGCAUGACCCCAGGGUGGCAACACAUAACAUUCUAAGUGAUUUCAACGGGCCUUUUUACAUUCUGGUUGUUUAAUAGCAGCGAUGGGCAACUUUGAUGGGGGGCCACAGAAAAAACGGAAGUCAUCAUGCGGGGCAGCAGUGGCUCGUGGGAUAGAUGGAUAGCUAUAGAUAUGAUAGAUUAAUAAACCAGUUACCCAUCCCUGUUUUAUACUGUUCAAUUCAACUUCAACCCCAAAAAGAUUUCAGCAUUUUCAUCCAUUUCUGUAUUUCCUGCACCUCAUUUGAGAUAAUUUCCACACUGCUACGUAGGCUGCACGAUAUGGGCAACUAAUCUAGGUUUUAUUUUUAUCCUAAUAUUGCAAAUGCGAUUUAGAUCAAAACUUGGGUGAACUGUUGGCAUCAUGAAAAUAGAAUGGUUAUUAAUUCUAUAGUUGGAAUAUAUUAGUGGGCACUUUGAAUACAGUGUUGUUUGACAUGACAACAAAUGAACGUUAUUGUGACCGGGUAGGAACCAAAGUGUUGGUCAGCGUUUUCUAGGGGACCCUAUAAUCUUUGGCUACAUUUAAAUGUUUUCUCUUAGUUACUUCAUGUAGUCAGAGAGGAAGAGGAAGAGGAGGAGAGAGGCCUCCCUCCGGCAGGUGGCAUGUUUGCGUUGUUUCGUCCACCAAGAAAGGAGUUUUUGUAUGAAGGUCAAUGAGUUACAAAUUUGGUCAACAAAAAAAUGAAUGGCUUAUUUUCUACGUGAGGUUUAUUUUAUCGAAUAGAAGGUUAGUAAUGCCUAAGUUGUUACUGAUAGAAGUAGGACACGACAUUCCGGCAACUUUGAGAAAAAAACACUUUAUAUCGGAGUUGUCUCGAGAUGGCUAUGCAUAUUCAUGGCAUUAGGCUAGUAGCAUAGCAUCCCUCUCCAUUGAAUACAGGCGGUUGACCUCAACAACCCUCAUCAAAAAAUAAAAUAAAGGAUUACUAUAAUGAGAUGUAUCCACCAAUCCAAAGAAAGGAUAGAGGGAGCUAGACAGCCCUCCGUGCCGCUUUGUGGCCAAUGACUCCCAUUGUUAAGGCGGAGACACAUGUAUCUUGUCAAUAUAUCCAUCAUCUUUGAUGUAGCUAACGUUCAUGCUUCGCCUAUACCUCUUUGAUGUAGAAGAUACUGUUGCACAAACAACAUGCUGAUCAAGGCCUACAACUGAAUUAGCUACGUUUGCUCUGACUCAGUACAUUUAUUAGAUAACUAGCUAGCCAGCUAACUAGCGAUUAGCAUUAGCGGCUAACGCGAUUUAGCCACAACUUGCUAAGAAAAGACAAACUAGCUGUUUGCAGACAGUAAGAAACCAAACUAAUAGUGUAAUUAUAGAACGCUUGUGGAUUUAUAUAAAAAAAAAGCAGAGUGGAAACAGCAUCGUUGUCAUCACCAUCCAUGUGCUGCCGUGCGGACUGAACGCAAGUGGUCUCGUGGUCGAGCAACAACUGCGCUCCUUGAGUGACGGGGCGGGGCUAGGUCUGUGUGGAAAGCGGCAUGGAUAGACCGAGAGAGGUCACACCCACAAAGAAUUUGAAAACAAAUCAAACAUUGAUAAACUCCCAUAUCUGUUAGGUGAAAUACAACAGUGUGCAGUCACAGCAGCAAGCUUUGUGACCUGUUGCCAUGAGAAAAGGGCAACCAGUGGAGCACAAACAACAUUGUAAAUACAACCAAUAUUUAUGUUUAUUUAUCUUCCCCUACUAUUCAUGCUAAAACUAUUUGCAUUGUUAAAACACAAUGUGCAAUAAUAUAGCUGAUAAUAUAACACUGAUAAUAUAACACUUCAAAUGUCUAUCUUUUUCGUUUACCUUUUUUGUGCAAUAUUCACUGUUAUAUUCUAAUAGUUUUUUGUUGUUUCUGUGUUUUCUCACUUGUCUAUUUCACCUGCUUUGGCAAUGUUAACAUACGUUUCCCAUGGCAAUAAAGCCCUUUGAAUUGAACUGAGAGAGACUCAUCAAGUAGCGGAGGAAACUAUAAAAAUGGACGUUACACACGGCGGAGUAGAGUAUCAGUUUUAACAAACCAAACAUUGAAAUACCGUUAUAGAAGGUAAAGAGAAAACCCAAAUUGGUAUAUAGUAAAAUACGGUAUACCGCCCAGCCCUAAUAUGCAUCUCUAAGGUCACAGUUAUCAUCUAAUCUAAUCUGUUAGGGUCACAGUUAUCAUCUAAUCUAAUCUGUUAGGGUCACAGUUAUCAUCUAAUCUAAUCUGUUCGACAGCUGAUGUUCUGAAAGAGCUGCAAAAUCUGGACCCCUACAAAUCAUCUGGGCUAGACAAUAUGGACCCUUUCUUUCUAAAACUACCCGCCGAAAUUGUCGCAACCCCUAUUACUAGUCUGUUCAACCUCUCUUUCGUAACGUCUGAGAUCCCCAGAGAUUGGAAAGCUGCCGCGGUCAUCCCCCUCUUCAAAGUGGGUGACACUCUAGAUCCAAACUGUUACAGACCUACAGUGGGGAGAACAAGUAUUUGAUACACUGCCGAUUUUGCAGGUUUUCCUACUUACAAAGCAUGUAGAGGUCUGUAAUUGUUAUCAUAGGUACACUUCAACUGUGAGAGACGGAAUCUAAAACAAAAAUCCAGAAAAUCACAUUGUAUGAUUUUUAAGUAAUUCAUUUGCAUUUUAUUGCAUGACAUAAGUAUUUGAUCACCUACCAACCAGUAAGAAUUCUGGCUCUCACAGACCUGUUCGUUUUUCUUUAAGAAGCCCUCCUGUUCUCCACUCAUUACCUGUAUUAACUGUACCUGUUUGAACUCGUUACCUGUAUAAAAGACACCUGUCCACACACUCAAUCAAACAGACUCCAACCUCUCCACAAUGGCCAAGACCAGAGAGCUGUGUAAGGAGAUCAGGGAUAAAAUUGUAGACCUGCACAAGGCUGGGAUGGGCUACAGGACAAUAGGCAAGCAGCUUGGUGAGAAGGCAACAACUGUUGGCGCAAUUAUUAGAAAAUGGAAGAAGUUCAAGAUGACGGUCAAUCACCCUCGGGCUGGGGCUCCAUGCAAGAUCUCACCUCGUGGGGCAUCAAUGAUCAUGAGGAAGGUGAGGGAUCAGCCCAGAACUACACGGCAGGACCUGGUCAAUGACCUGAAGAGAGCUGGGACCACAGUCUCAAAGAAAACCAUUAGUAACACAUUACGCCGUCAUGGAUUAAAAUCCUGCAGCGUACGCAAGGUCCCCCUGCUCAAGCCAGCGCUUGUCCAGGCCCAUCUGAAGUUUGCCAAUGACCAUCUGGAUGAUCCAGAGGAGGAAUGGGAGAAGGUCAUGUGGUCUGAUGAGACAAAAAUAGAGCUUUUUGGUCUAAACUCCACUCGCCGUGUUUGGAGGAAGAAGAAGGAUGAGUACAACCCCAAGAAAACCAUCCCAACCGUAAUUGCUCCUGUAAGUCGCUCUGGAUAAGAGCGUCUGCUAAAUGACUAAAAUGUAAAUGUAAAAAUGUGAAGCAUGGAGGUGGAAACAUCAUUCUUUGGGGAUGCUUUUCUGCAAAGGGGACAGGACGACUGUACCGUAUUGAGGGGAGGAUGGAUGGGGCCAUGUAUCGCGAGAUCUUGGCCAAUAACCUCCUUCCCUCAGUAAGAGCAUUGAAGAUGGGUCGUCGCUGGGUCUUCCAACAUGACAACGACCCGAAACACACAGCCAGGGCAACUAAGGAGUGACUCCGUAAGAAUUAUCUCAAGGUCCUGGAGUGGCCUAGCCAGUCUCCAGACCUGAACCCAAUAGAAAAUCUUUGGAGGGAGCUGAAAGUCCGUAUUGCCCAGCGACAGCCCCGAAACCUGAAGGAUCUGGAGAAGGUCUGUAUGGAGGAGUGGGCCAAAAUCCCUGCUGCAGUGUGUGCAAACCUGGUCAAGACAUACAUUUACAUUUUAGUCAUUUAGCAGACGCUCUUAUCCAGAGCGACUUACAGAAGCAAUUAGGGUUAAGUGCCUUGCUCAAGGGCACAUCGACAGAUUUUUCACCUAGUUGGCUCGGGGAUUAGAACCAGCGACCUUUCGGUUACUGGCACAACGCUCUUACCCACAAGCCCUACAGGAAAGGUAUGAUCUCUGUAAUUGCAAACAAAGGUUUCUGUACCAAAUAUUAAGUUCUGCUUUUCUGAUGUAUCAAAUACUUAUGUCAUGCAAUAAAAUGCAAAUUAAUUACUUAAAAAUCAUACAAUGUGAUUUUCUGGGUUUUUGUUUUAGAUUCCAUCUCUCACAGUUGAAGUGUACCAAUGAUAAAAAUUACAGACCUCUACAUGCUUUGUAAGUAGGAAAACCUGCAAAAUCGGCAGUGUAUCAAAUACUUGUUCUCCCCACUGUAUAUCCAUCCUGCCCUGCCUUUCGAAAGUAUUUGAAAGCCAAGUUAACAAACAGAUCACCGACCAUUUCGAAUCCCACCGUACCUUCUCCGCUAUGCAAUCUGGUUUUCUGAGCUGGUCAUGGGUGCACUUCAGCCACGCUCAAGGUCCUAAACGAUAUUAUAACCGCGAUCGAUAAUACACCGUACUGUGCAGCCGUCUUCAUCGACCUGGCCAAGGCUUUCGACUCUGUCAACCACCGCAUUCUUAUUGGCAGACUAAAUAGCCUUGGUUUCUCAAAUGACUGCCUCGCCUGGUUCACCAACUACUUCUCAGAUAGAGUUCAGUGUGUCAAAUCGGAGGGCCUGUUGUCUGGACCUAUGGCAGUCUCUAUGGGGGUGCCACAGGGUUCAAUUCUUGGGCCGACUCUUUUCUCCGUGUAUAUCAAUGAUGUCGCUCUUGCUGCUGGUGACUCUCAGAUCCACCUCUACGCAGACGACACCAUUUUGUAUACAUCUGGCCCUUCAUUGGACACUGUGUUAACAAACCUCCAAACGAGCUUCAAUGCCAUACAACACUCCUUCAGUAGCCUCCAACUGCUCUUAAACACUAGUAAAACUAAAUGCAUGCUCUUCAAUCGAACGCUGCUGGCACCCGCCCACCCGACUAGAAUCACCACUCUCGACGGGUCUGACCUAGAGUAUGUGGACAACUACAAAUACCUAGGUGUCUGGUUAGACUGUAAACUCUCCUUCCAGACUCACAUUAAGAAUCUCCAAUCCAAAGUUAAAUCUAGAAUCGGCUUCCUAUUUCGCAACAAAGCCUCCUUCACUCAUGCUGCCAAACAUGCCCUCGUAAAACUGACUAUCCUACCGAUCCUUGACUUCGGCACUGCCCCCCCACCCCAUCCUUUUUACGCUGCUGCUACUCUGUUAAUUAUUUAUGCAUAGUCACUUUAACUCUACCCAAAUGUACAUAUUACUUCAACUACCUCAACUAUCCGGUGCCCCCGCACAUUGACUCUGCACCGGUACCCCCCUGUAUAUAUAGCCUCCCUACUGUCACUUUAUUUUACUUCUGCUCUUUUUUUUCUCAACACUUUUUUUGUUGUUGUUUUAUUUUUACUUUUUUUGUUAAAAAUAAAUGCACUGUUGGUUAAGGGCUGUAAGUAAGCAUUUCACUGUAAUGUCUACACCUGUUGUAUUCGGCGCAUGUGACCAAUAAAAUUUGAUUUUAUUUGAUUUGUCUCACUGGUCAUUCCCAAAGCCAACACCUCCUUUGGCCGCCAUUCCUUCCAGUUCUCUGCUGCCAAUGACUGGAACGAAUUGCAAAAAUCUCUGAAGCUGGAGACUCUUAUCUCCCUCAAUAACUUUAAGCAUCAGUUGUCAGAGCAGCUUACCGAUCACUGCACCUGUACACAGCCCAUCUGAAAUUAGCCCACCCAACUACCUCAUCCCCAUAUUGUUAUUUAUUUUGCUCUUUUGCACCCCAGUAUCUCUAUUUGCACAUAAUCUCUUGCACAUCUAGCAUUCCAGUGUUAAUACUUAUUGUAAAUAUUUUGCACUAUAGCCUAUUUAUUGCCUUACCUCCAUAACUUGCUACAUUUGCACACUGUAUAUAUAUUUCUGUUGUAUUUUUUGACUUUAUGUUUUUUUACCCCAUAUGUAACUCUGUGUUGUUGUUUUUAUCGCACUACUUUGCUUUAUCUUGGCCAGGUCGCAGUUGUAAAUGAGAACUUGUUCUCAACUGGCUUACCUGGUUAAAUAAAGGUUUUAAAAAAAGUCACAGUUAUCAUCUAAUCUAACCUGUUAGGGUCGCAGUUAUCAUCUAAUCUAAUCUGUUAGGGUCACAGUUAUCAUCUAAUCUAAUCUGUUAGGGUCACAGUUAUCAUCUAAUCUGUUAGGUCACAGUUAUCAUCUAAUCUAAUAUGUUAGGGUCACAGUUAUCAUCUAAUCUAAUCUGUUAGGGUCACAGUUAUCAUCUAAUCUAAUAUGUUAGGUCACAGUUAUCAUCUAAUCUGAUCUGUUAGGGUCACAGUUAUCAUCUAAUCAACUGUUUUCGGGUCACAGUUAUCAUCAAUCAUCUAUCUAAUAUGUUAGGGUCAACAGUUAUCAUCUAAUCUGUUAGGUCACAGUUUAUCCAUCUAUUUCUAAAUAUUUAGGUCACAGUAUCAUCUAAUCUAAUCUGUUAGGGUCACAUUUAAGCUCUAAUCUAAUUGUAGGAGGUCACAGUUAUCUCUAAUCUAAUCUGUUAGGGUCACAGUUAUCAUCUAAUCUAAUCCUGUUUAGGUCACCGUUAUCAUUCUAAUCUAAUAUGUUAGGGUCACAGUUCAUCUAAAUCUAAUAUGUUUAGGUCACAGUUUAUCAUCUAAUCUACUCUGUUUAGGGUCACAGUUAUCAUCUAAUCUGUUAGGUUUCACGUUAUCUUCUAAUAUAAUCUGUUGGGUCACUGUUUAUCAUGUAAUCUAAUCUGUUAGGGUCCACGUUAUCAUCUAAUCUGUUAGGUCACAGUUAUCUUCUAAUAUAAUCUGUUAGGGUCACUGUUAUCUUCUAAUCUAAUCUGUUAGGGUCACAGUUAUCAUCUAAUCUAAUAUGUUAGGGUCACUGUAUCUUGGUAAGUAGGUGCCCAUAACAUCUCUUGCACCGUUGAAGUGGAUGUUCUCUCUCUCCAUCUUCCCUCAGUUCCUCUCUCCUCGCCUCCUUCUCAAAACACAUUGGAGUUCCUCCGUUUAGCCUCUCUCCUACAAUGUGUUUGGAGAAGGAGAGAGGAUGUGAAGAAUCAAAGACGGACUAAUUGAGAAAUCACCAUGGUGUCUUAACAGAACCCUUUUCUCUUUCCCAGAUGGACAUCAAUGAGAUGACCAAGCCGUGGGGUCUGGAGGUAGACAGGGUGGAGCUGACUGUAGGUGCUGUCCUGAAGCCCCCAGAGGACUCUCCAUCUGGGCUUGGCUCUGUCAUCCUACCCCCCUCUAUCCCUGGUCUCGAGGGCCUGGCCGGACCAAUACAACAGCUGGCUAUGCACUUCCUGGGCAACAUGGCUGGCAGUAACAAUGAAGCUCCCCUGGUUAGGACAGGUACUGUCACAUAGUAACAAUGAAGCUCCCCUGGUUAGGACAGGUACUGUCACAUAGUAACAAUGAAGCUCCCCUGGUUAAGGGCACUUCAUCACUUCGUAGCAGCGUUGUAGUUCAGGUAGUCCUCCCGGUUUCAUUUAGCAGAAGCUCUUAUCCAGAGUGACUUACAGUAGUUAGUACAUAGUACAGUUAGUGAGUCAUUUAGCAGAAGCUGGUUCCUCCAUUGGGGUGCCAGGACAGAGAAGAGCUGGGACUGGGCUGAGGGGGAGCUGCCCUCCCAUUGGGGUGCCAGGACAGAGAAGAGCUGGGACUGGGCUGAGGGGGAGCUGCCCUCCCAUUGGGGUGUCAGGACAGAGAAGAGCUGGGACUGGGCUGAGGGGGAGCUGCCCUCCCAUUGGGGUGCCAGGCCAGAGAAGAGCUUGGACUGGGCUGAGGGGGAGCUGCCCUCCCAUUGGGGUGCCAGGACAGAGAAGAGCUGGGACCUGGGCCUGAGGGGGGAGCUGCCCUCCCAUUGGGGUGCCAGGACAGAGAAGAGCUGGGACCUGGCGCUGAGGGGGAGCUGCCCUCCCAUUGGGGUGCCAGGACAGAGAAAGAGCUGGGACUGGGCUGGGGGGAGUGCCAUCCCAUUGGGGCCAGAAGGGGGGCUGGCUGAGGGUGGACUGCCCUCCCAUUGGGGUGCCAGGACAGAGAAGAGCUGGGACUGGGCUGAGGGGGAGCUGCCCUCCCAUUGGGGUGUCAGGACAGAGAAGAGCUGGGACUGGGCUGAGGGGGAGCUGCCCUCCCAUUGGGGUGCCAGGACAGAGAAGAGCUGGGACUGGGCUGAGGGGGAGCUGCCCUCCCAUUGGGGGUGCAGGACAGAGAAGAGCUGGGAACUGGGGCUGAGGGGGAGCUGCCCUCCCAUUGGGGUGUCCAGGACAGAGAAGAGCUGGGACUGGGGGGGGGGGCUGAGGGGAGCUGCCCUCCCUUGGGGUUCUUGGGGGGCAGGACAGAUGGGUCGGGAGCUUGUGUGACUUGGCUUAGGGGGAGCUGCCCGCCAUUGGUUGCCAGGACAGAGAAGCGCUGGAUGGGCUAGGGGAGCGGGCCCUCAACCAUUGGGGUGCCAGGACAGAGAAGAGCUUGGAUCUGGGCGAGGGGAGCUGCCUCCCCUUGUGUUGCCAGGACAGAGAAGAGCUGGGACUGCGGGGCUUGGGGGAGCUGCCCUCCCCUUGGGGUGUCAGGACAGAGAAGAGAUGGUACUGGGCUUCUGAGGGGGAGCUGCCCUCCCAUUGGGUGCCAGGACGAGAAGAGCUUGGACUGGGCUGAUGGGGCUUCCCUCCCAUUGGGUGCCAGGACAGAGAAGAGCUGGACUGGGCUGAGGGGGAGCUGCCCCUCCAUUGGGGUGGUCAGUGACGAGAUGAGCUUGGACUGGGCUGAGUGGGAGCUGCCCUCCCAUUGGGGUGCCAGGACAGAGAAGAGCUUGGACUGGGCGGAGGGGGAGCUGCCCUCCCGUAGGGAUGGGAGGGUCAAGAGACCAGAGGUGGCAGAACGGAGUGCUCGGGUUGGGGUGUAGGGUUUGAGCAUAGCCUGAAGGUAUGGAGGGGCAGUUCCUCUUGCUGUUCCGUAGGUAAGCACCAUGGUCUUGUAGUGGAUGUGAGCUUCAACUGGAAGCCAGUGGAGUGUGUGGAGGAGCGGGGUGACAUGAGAGAACUUGGGAAGGUUGAACACCAGACGGGCUGCAGCGUUCUGGAUAAAUUGCAGGGGUUUGAUGGCACAGGCAGGGAGCCCAGCCAACAGUGAGUUGCAGUAAUCCAGACGGGAGAUGACAAGUGCCUGGAUUAGGACCUGCGCCGCUUCCUGUGUGAGGUAGGGUCGUACCCUGCGGAUGUUGUAGAGUAUGAACCUGCAGGAGCAAGUCACUGCUUUGAUGUUUGCAGAGACUGUCUGGGUGUUGUCCAGGGCCACGCCAAGGUUCUUUGCACUCUGGGAGGGCGACACUCUGGAGUUGUCAACCGUGAUCCAAGCUGAGAUAUCUGCCAGGCACACAGAGAUGCAUCUCACCACCUGGGUGUCAGAAGGGGGGAAGGAGGAAAGAAGUUGAAUGUCAUCCACAUAGCAAUGAUAGGAGAGACCAUGUGAGGAUAUGACAGAGCUGAGUGACUUGGUGUAUAGAGAGAAGAGGAGAGAUGGCCUAGAACCGAGCCCUGGGGGACACCAGUAGUGAGAGUACGUGGUGCAGACACAGAUCCUCUCCACGUCACCUGGUAGGAGCGGCCUGCCAGGUAGGAUGCAAUCCAACAGUGUGCAGAGCCUGAGACACCCAGCCCUGAGAGGGUGGAGAGGAGGAUCUGAUGGUUCACAGUGUCGAAGGCAGCGGAUAGAUCUAGGAGGAUGACAACAGAGAGAGAGUCAGCUUUGGCAGAGCGGAGAGCCUCCGUGACACAGAGAAGAGCAGUCUUGGUUGAGUGACCCGUCUUGAAGCCUGACUGGUUAGGGUCAAGAAGACCGUUCUGAGAAAGAUAGCGAGAGAGUUGGUCAGAGAGUGUUUUGGAAAGAAAAGAUACCAGUCUAUAGUUUUUGACGUCAGAGGAGUCGAGGAAUGGGAGGUCUUCAGAGAUGGUCUGGAGGAGGGAAUGGGGUCGAGGGUGCAGGUUGUCGGGAGGCCAGACUUCACUAGUCGCAGGAUGUCAUCUGGAGAGAGAGGGGAGAAAGAGGUCAAGGCGUAGGGUAGUUCUGUGGGAGUGGGACCAGUGGACUCAAUAGGCUGAGUGAAUGAGUAGCGGCUGUCGUCAACCUUCUUCUCAAACUGGUCCGCAGAGAGGGAGGGGGAGGGGUGCUGGAUUAAGGAGUGAGGAGAAGGUGGAAAAGAGUUUCCUAGGGUUAGAGACAGAAGCUUGACCUUUAGAGUGAUAGGAAGUGGCUUUAGCAGCGGAUACAGAGGAAGAUAAGGUAGAGAGGAUGGAGUGGAAGGAUGAUAGGUCCUCCGGAAGUUUCAAAUCAAAUUGUAUUCGUCACAUGCUUAGUAAACAACAGGUGUAGACUAACAGUGAAAUGCUUCCUUCCUUCCCAACGACGCAGAGAGAAAGAAAAUAGAGAAAUAAUAGAACAGUAAAACAUGUAAUAAUAAAAGUAAUAAUUCACUAAUUCAGUCAAUUAUCUUUGGUUUUGUGCGUAAUGAACUCCACCCCUCACUGUGUUGUUUACAAAGCUUCUCUGUAUCUCUGUGUCCUCAGAGGACAGCAUCAGCUUCUCAGAUGAGGUGAGCAGUACUCCCCGGGCUAUAAGUUGUACUGAAGCCGGGGACGGAGCUGUAGCUGUAACCAGGCCCACGCCGGUGCUGGAACUGCUGAAGGAGCUUCUCCUCUCAGAGUCUCUGGUCAAUCAGGUGGGAGCCUGCUUCCUGUUCCUCCUCCAAUCACCUGACGGACAACAGACAAGCUAUUACGUAGACCUCAGCCAAGGUGAGACAAAUAACACACUGUCGUUCUACAGAGUCUUAUAGGGCCGGCUUCCCAGACACAAGGCUAGUCCUGGACCAAAAGCAUUCUCUGAUGAUGAUGUUUUGCAAACAGUCUUUGGCCCUCCUUCUUUGUCAUGUAUGUUAAAGGGCUUGAUCUCUGUAGUUAUUGGAACAGUCUCUUUUCCUCCGUUUGUUUUUUACAAGAUUAACCUUUUAAGGGCCGGUUUCCGAGACACAUGUUCAUCCCUCACUAAAAAGGACUUUUCAAUAGAUUGAGCCUGCUUUCUAGUUCAGGGCUUAGUCUGUAUUUAGAUUCAUUAUCCCAUCCUCUCUGUCAGAUAUGUUUUAUUUUGUAUCCAAGCUGCAUUUCAGGGUAACAGAGUAAAAGUGAGUUCCCCUCCUCUGUGUGUAGGCAGUGGUUCAGCCGGACCAGGAGCCCCCUCCGGAGGGCCAGGUACCAGACGUCACCCUCAGUAUGACGGACCAGGACCUGCUGGCUAUGUUCAAGGGAACCCUGCGACCCUUCGCAGCCUACACCACUGGACGACUCAAGGUCCAGGGAGACCUGAAGACUGCCAUGAAGCUAGAGGAACUCAUUAAACUACUCAGGCCUUAA